UGGGCCGGGCGCGCAUCCAGAUGACCAAGACGCAGAGGUCGCCAGCCUGCAGGCGCCUCCCGCAGCCCCGAGCCGCCUCUGCGGCUCCGCCAGGGCGCUCCCGAGAGGGAGGCCGGGGGCGGGGCCGGGCGGGGCGUGGGGAGGGGGUUCGGACCCGGCCGGGUGACUACACUGGCCCGCCCGACCGCUCCACACUUGCCUCCAGCCGACGGGUCCGAUGGCUCCGCUGCCUUUGUGCCCGACGGUAGGGCUGUUGCUGCUGCUGCUCCUGGGAUCGGGACCCGGGCUCAGAGCAGCUCCCCAGAGGUCACAUGUGCACCGACGUGGGCUCUUAGGACUGGCUGGGGCUAUUGACUGUGUUGGCCCUCGACCCGCCUUGGUCUACUUGAAUUACGGCUGCUUUUGUGGUCUGGGGGGCCAUGGCCAGCCCCAGGAUGCCAUUGACUGGUGCUGUCAUGCUCAUGACUGCUGCUACACGCAUGCCGAGAACUACGGCUGCAAUCCCAAGUUGCAGCCCUACUCCUGGAAUUGUGUCAAUCAGAGAGUCAUGUGUGAUUUAUGCAUGUGUAAACGGACAAACAAGAAUAAAUAUCAGGACUUCCCUGGUGUUCCAGUGGUUAAGAAUCUGCCUGCCAAUGCAGGGGAUGCAAGUUCGAUCCCUGAUCCAGGAAGAUCCCACAGGCCCUGGAGCAGCUAAGCCCGGGCACCGCAACUAUCGAGCCUGUGCUCUAGAGCCCGAGAGUCGCAACAGAAGGCCCCGCAACUCGAGAGUAGCCCCUGCUUGUCACAACCACAAUCCACUCACAGCAACGAAGACCCAGCACAGCCAAAAAUAC